GAUGGCAUGGUGCUACUCGACGGAGCAUAUAAUUGGAACGCAUAGCGGAGCAUGUAAACAAGGAUAAAGUUUCGCGGGAAAUAGUUCAGUUCUUCAAGGACCGGGAAAAAUUCACAGGUCUCAAACGAGGACAAGCCCGACGACCAACAGGGACACAAUCUGUGACAGGCCCCUAUGCAGCAUAAUUCUGCUGCGUCCUUCUGACUAAACCCGUAGUUUUCUGGAGAUGGCGGAACUUGGCCGGGUCGACUCUGCCCUGCCAAGUACGCCGCCGUCGUUGCAAUCCUCCACCUGGUCAUGCCAAGCUACCAGCCUACUCCCGCAUCCCCAUCAGCCGCGACCAGAUCAAACGCACUCGCAAAUGGACCGACCUGACGAGCGGCUCGUAGUAAAAUCUCACCAAAGCCCAGCAGUAAACCUGGAUUGAUUGAGCCUGCCCCGCGAGACCGCAGCUCCCGACACGGCCACGCCUUGACGGCGGGAAUUGAUCACGCGCGGCAGGUAUAUAUAGCGACCUCGCGGCGGGCAGCUGGUCAGGCACGGGUUGGAGGUUGCCGGUUUUGUGACUUUUUGUCCGCGGGAUGAUGGCGAGCCACGACGCGCUGUGGGCGAAGCUGCACGAGCUGGAGCUGCAGCUGGCGGCGUACAAGCUCCUGCGCACCGCGCGCCGGGAGGAGGCGGGCGCGUCCGUGCGCGCGGACGACGGGGCUGGGGCGCCGGGGCGAACCUGCCGCGGCAGGCAGUACGACGCCUACAUGCGCCGGCGCGAUGCCAGGCGCGUGGCCGCGUCGGCGGAGCAGCAGCCGGCGAAGGCGGCCCGGGGCACGCGCGCCGCGGGGCGCAGCAAGCCGAUGAGGCCGCGCGCUCUCAAAUGCACCGCUCGGGACGCGCAAGAGGUAGGCGCCACGCCGCCACGCGGUCCUUUUCUUCUGAAGAGGACGCCGACCGUGUCCAUCCCGAGCACCUUGAGAUGGGACAGUGCGGCGCUGCAGAGGAGCAGGACCGUGAACGGCGGCGCCGGCGCGACGGGCAGCCCGGCGCGGUCGCACCACCAGAGGCAGAACAGCCUGGGCGUCCCCACAGACUUCGGCGACAUCGCCACGCCGAGGCAGUUCCUCAAACGUGGCACCGGCACCGGCGGCGCGGUGGCUUCGGCGAGGCUGCGGACGCCGAGGGUGCACGACCUCCAAUCGAUCAACGUGGCCAGCACCCCGAGGCAGCUGCAGCAGGAGCUCGCCCCCGCGCAUGCGGCGCGCCACGUCCGGACCGUCUCGGAGCUGCCGUUCGACACCGUGGCGCUGUCGUCACAGCAGGCGCGGGCAACGAAGCGGUGGGGAAGCCCGGAAAAGUCGGCCGCGAUGUUCUCCGCCGCUGCCGCCGCAGGCGACUCGCACAGGGACUUCUCCAAGGGGCUCAAGAAGCUGCUGAGCUUCGUGAGGAAAGGAAGCAAGGGCACUGGCGCCGACCGGCAUUGCGCGGCGCCUAGCCCCGGCCGGAGCGGGAAGCCCGUGAGCAAGGGGUGGUCAGCUAGUUCCCUCGUCGACGUCCCGUUCGACCGCGCAAACCUGGACGGGCACCGGUUAUCCAUGACACGGGCAAUUGGUAUCUCAGGAUGAGGGGGAAAAAAAUCCAAAAGUAGCGACAACAUAUUCGAUCGUAUUUAUCAAAAUAAAUAAUAUAUUAUUAUAUUUAUAAAUUUAAUAUAUGUAUUUUACACAUCAUUUGCUGAAAAUGAUGAACA